ACAUCAACUGCGCAGUCUUUGUAAAGUCUGAACUUCCGUCAUGAGGAAGCUGACGCUGGUCGGGCUUCUGGUCGUCUUCGUGGGCUACAUUUUCGCGGGCGGCGGGAUCUUCCACUGGCUGGAGGCGGAGGCGGAGGAGAAGAUGCGGAAAGACCUGUUCCGAAAGCAGGAGGAACUUCUCCGCACGCUGGAAAGGUUCGUCGGUAGCCACGACGCGCACGACUGUCUCCAGGGCGGGACGACCUCGGAGAGUCCCUCCCCGCCCGCGCUGGACCAGCUGGACUGUCACGAGCAGCUGGGCUGCGUGUCGUCUGAAAACGUCACGGCCGUUCUACAGUCCGUUGUCAGUUAUGUAAACAAGAGGGGCCAGAACCUGACCAGGGAGGGACGCUGCGUCGAGACCAUCGACAUGCCUCUACUGGUCCUGACUCACAGGCAGCUGGAUGACAUCAUCCUGAAGGCCCACCAGGCCGGCAGACGGGGUCUCGACCCGCUCAGCACCCAGCAGAACAGCUCCCCGCCUCAGUGGUCCUUCCUGGCGGCCGUCGGCUUCUCGCUAACGCUGGUCACCACCAUCGGGUACGGGAACAUCGCGCCCAGCACGUGGGGAGGCAGGGCCCUGUGCGUGGUCUACGGGCUCAUCGGCAUCCCGCUCUACCUGGUUCUCCUGGACGGCGUCGGCAGACUGCCCGGCGGGCUGGUGCGGGACUUAGCUGUCCGCGUCUACAUCUCCAGAGGCUGGAACGCCAACACCGUUCGGAGGGUCGUCUGGUGCUGCCUGUUCACGUUCGGUCUGUUUCUGUUCUACCUGCUGCCGGCACUGGUCAUCUCGCUAGUGGAGAGCUGGACGUACCUGGAGGCCCUGUACUACAUGUUCGUGUCGCUCAGCACGAUCGGGUUCGGGGACUACGUGGCGGGAGUGCAGCUGGGGAGGUCCUACUGGGCCGCUUACAAGAUCCUCGUCUUCUUCUGGAUCGCCAGCGGACUGGCCUUCCUGGCCAUGGUGUUCGAUCUGUUGAAGCGGGGAAUCCAGGGCCUAGAUGAGCCGGACAAGACGGAGUCAUACAACCUGCCCAAAACUGUUACUAAAAACCGGCGUCAGGAGAAGGUUCACAGCAACGGGGCGGCUGGACAGGCACAUGUGGACAUGAAGUCCGAGAAUAACGACUACGUUUAUGAGAACAUGGCAAUGGACAAGAUGCAAUAAUCAUAUUUGUACGUAUACGUAGCUAUUAAUAGCUUUAAUCAGACAUUUGAAUAACCAUGAAAAGGGCUACACUACGACAUCUUUAAAUACUAGUAUAUGAAAUUAUACAGCAUCUGGUAACAAAGCAGGUGCACAUCUUUGUGUAAAUUUUCACAAUGGAGAGGACUUUAUGGUUUUGAUUUAUUUAUACAUACACUGAGGAUAAAAUCUAUCGCAUGACUGGCGUCACUUCUUUAAUCAUUUAUCAUGUAAUACCAUAAACCAGCUUGCCAUUAAAAGUCGGGCUGGUUUCAAAACUUCUUAUUUCAAAUGUUUAUGUAUGAACAUAUCAUUGCCAGGUAAGUACAAUUUUAUAUGCAAGAUACGCAGUGGUAUAUAUCAAGGCAUAAACGAAGCUGUUAAAUGAACGUAUAGACAACUAGCAUGCCUACAAUAUGUAUGCACACAUACAGUGGAAAAGAAAUAUUUAUUGCAAUAUCAUUCUUGUUUUAAUGUUA